AUGAGCAACCUGCCGGUCCUUCUCCUCUCCGUCUGCUGGAGCCUAGGGCGGGUGAAUGGUAUUCAUCCAGAAUGCAGAUUUCAGCUGGAAAUUCACAAGGAGGAAACAAGAUGCAUGGAACUUCUAAAGAGUACAAAGCCAGUAGACUACAGAGGGUGUGUCGGAGUUUGGGAUAACAUCACCUGUUGGCGUCCUGCAAAGAUUGGAGAGACUGUCACUGUCCCUUGUCCGAAAGUAUUUAGCCUUUUUUCUGGCAAACCAGGAAAUAUUAGCAAAAAUUGUACAAGUAGUGGAUGGUCAGAUACCUUUCCUGACAUCUUAAGUUCUUGUGGAUAUAAUGACUAUGAAGACGAUUAUAAGGUCAACUUCUAUGUAAGGGUGAAGGCAAUUUAUACCCUUGGACACAGUGUAUCUCUGAUUGCUCUCACAACGGGAAGUAUAAUUCUUUGCCUUUUCAGAAAACUUCAUUGUACUCGGAACUACAUCCAUCUGAACCUGUUCCUCUCUUUCAUUCUAAGAGCAAUCUCUGUUUUAGUCAAGGAUGAUAUUCUCUAUUCCAGCUCCAACACAGCUCACUGUCCAGAGGAUCAAACCUCAUGGAUGGGCUGCAAGGCUAUCUUGGUGUUUUUUCAGUAUGGUGUUAUGGCAAACUUUUACUGGCUCUUAGUUGAAGGACUUUACCUCCACAUCCUCCUUGUGCUAAUAUUCUCCCCCAACAGACACUUCACGAUCUACCUGCUGAUUGGAUGGGGGAUUCCUACUAUAUUUGUUAUUACAUGGACAGUGACACGGAUCAUUUUAGAGGACACAGGUUGCUGGGAUACAAAUGAGCAUGGUGGUCCGUGGUGGGUUAUACGAAUACCGAUUUUAAUUUCAAUUAUAGUGAAUUUUAUACUUUUCAUUAGUAUUAUUAGAAUCUUAUUGCAGAAGCUAAGAUCUCCAGAUGUUGGAGGAAAUGACCAGUCACAGUACAAGAGACUUGCAAAAUCCACAUUGCUGCUUAUUCCGUUAUUUGGAGUUCACUACACAGUGUUUGCUCUAUUUCCUGACCGCAGUUCCAAUAAUUACAAGAUAAUUUUUGAAUUGUGUUUGGGAUCUUUUCAGGGGUUGAUUGUUGCUGUCCUCUAUUGUUUUCUGAACAGUGAAGUGCAAGGGGAACUGAAAAGAAAAUGGCAGAGUUUGUGCUGGAAGCAGACAGCAGGCAGAGAUUACAGACUCCACAGCUCGUCGAUUUCUCGAAAUGGAUCAGAAAGUGUUUCUCAGCUCCACCAGAAUUCAAGGGCUCAGUCAUUUAUGCAGACAGAGACCACCAUGAUAUAA